AUGGCCGUAGCAAUGGCUCCAAACCCAGACAAGCUGCAAGAAAAUGUCGUCUUAAAGUUCAGAAACCUGGAUGUAAAAGCAAGAUCAAAAUUAGUAUGUGGCAACCGGUCGUUUCGAUGUAAAGUCGUCUCGAUACAUUGAUAAACUCGAUUCGGUAUAAGUAGAAAGUCAUUUCGAUACAUAUCGUUUGGAUACAAAGUAGUGAAGGAUAAAUUUGGUUGUUUUAAACCGUCAUCCAGUCCGAUAACGAGAGGUUAAGAAAGCUUCCUAAGAUAAGAGAUUGCAUCUCCGUAAGUACGUGUGGUACGCGAGCUGCUUAUGUGUAAUUAGGCAAUCGCGUUCCAAGUAUUUGGAUGAACUUGUGAAAGAUGAGCUUUUUAGUACUUUAUGUUCGUUAGGGUUUAUUAUCCAGACGUAUAUUUGCUCCCUCUAACGAUCGUAAACGGUUUUUACGUUAUGUUAAUUUAUUCCUAAGAGAUCAUAUUUUUUAGGUCGAUAAAGGGGAGAAGAAAUGCAUGUUUUGGAGUGGCCUCAGCGAGAGGUAAGAAGCUGGAAUAUAUUACUAGCCUUGUUUCGGAAGAAAUAGUUUCGUGGAUUUUAAAUUUGUUAAGUAUCAUGCUUGAAAGGCCUUUUUCCUGGGCAUAGGCAAUUGCUACCAUCAUAGAAAAGUUGUCAGUGAGAAAAAGCACAUUCCGACUAAUCAGAUCUCGCGAACAGGAAAAAACAUUAAAAUGAAAAAAAAAAACUCGCUUGUCUAACCUUUCGGUUCCUCGAUGGUUUUUGAGGUCAUUUCUUUUUCUUGUUCACCACUUUUUAUCCUUUUUUUUUUAGUUCAGAAGAGUUCUCAGGGAGAGGAUGCUAUGUGGUUACAUCGAAAAGCAACUCAAUAGAAACAGUUUGCAGCUGCAGUCAUUUCUCUCAUUUUGCUGUCUUAGUUACCUACGAUAGUAGUCCAGGGGUAAUGAUUUUAUCUUCUCAGUUUCAUCAUAAGUACAAUUCCGUUGAUUUGAUAACAAUUUUCUUAUUUCUCUUUAUGUCCUUUGUGACACAGCUUACGGCCGAGGACGAGACUAUUCUGCAAAUUAUCACCAAAGUGGGAUUAGGCUUUUCCAUCACCGGAAUACUUUUGACAAUUAUUGUGUAUUCCUUCAUCACGUAAGUACCACAACCAUGCAUACGUCUAAAGAACUUAUUCUUUAUUUGAUUUUAAAUAAAGAUUUCGGACUUAAAUUACAUCAAUACGCGAUAAAAAAAAAUGAAUUAAUGGAAUUAAUUAUAAAUAAUUACGGCAGAAACGAAUAAAGAUGAAUCAAAUCUCCAUCUCUUGGCGACAGUGAUUCAAAUUCAUUAGCAGGAAAUGUACCACAUGAAAUUAGACGCAUGUGUUGUCGUAUAAUGCUUCUUUUCUGUUGUUUGUCUUUUUGUUUGUUUGCUUGUUUCACCAGAGAUGUUCGAAAGCCUCUUUCUCAAAUAAGAUUGAGUCUUUCUGUGUCACUCGGAGCUGGUCAAAUAAUCUUUCUCGUCGGUAUAAAGGCCACAGAGAACACAGUAAGUGACGUCUUCAUUCAUUUACGGUAUAUUUGCUCUUUAGCGGCUUAAGUUAUUCUUAAGAAAGGAGGAUUAGAACAGACAAAAACCCGGCUCUCUUUUUUAUCUCUUAGGCUUCCUGUGUUACAGCAGCAGCUCUCUCGCAAUAUUUCCUGAUGGCAACUUUCUGUUGGAUGAUGGUCGAGGGAGUUUAUCUUUAUCUGUUUGUUGUGAAAGUUUAUAACAUUGGCGAAAAGAUGCACACGUAUCACGUCAUCUCAUGGGGUACUUUCAUUUCACUUAUGAGUUUUUUGUACCUGCCUCUUUUGAAUCACCUCUGUGAUUCUGCGUGUGAUUCUGUAUUGACCCCCUCCUAUUUCUGUUUAGGUUUUCCGAUCGUCAUGGUGGGCAUUUCAUUGAGCGUUGCGGCUGGAAAAGAUGGAAUUCAAAGUUAUAUCAGUGACAAAUGGUAAGAUAAUUAUUGAGUACUUGUCUCUUCAUCUUUUGUGCCUUCCCACUCUCUCUCUUUUCGCUACAAAAUAUUUGUUGUUUUUCAUUCUGUUUCUCUUCUAGAUGUUUCGUUACCGAUGAAGGGUGUGGGUUAGGGGUUUUAUCGCCGCAAAUCUGUGUUUAUUCUGUGUUCUCUUUUUACCUUUCAAGUUGUUGGCUGUCCUCGACUGACAACUUGAUCUGGAUAUUCGUCGCAUUUGUGGCGCUCAUUGAAGUUGUGAGUUUAUAAUUGAUUGAAGCCACGUUAUUACUUUUAUUUACCGGGAUUGACUACUACUGGAUACUUCUUUUUUCCCCUGCUCCUUAAAAAAAACUUGAACACCUUUCUCUUAUUGACGAUCUGACUCAAAGUUUGCAAUCUUCCCUAUUAUAAUUACCAGCAUAAUUUAUUCGGCAUUUCUUAUCGUAGCAGUUUGCAGGAAUGCGUACCAUUGGGUCCUUCUUAUAUGAAGAUUUGGGGUUUAAUUCACAGAGAGGGAUUCAGACUUUUUCUUUCUCUAACGCUCGUAACAAGACGGCUAAAUUUUUUUCUUUUUUUCGACGACACAUUUCACAUUUCUUUCUUUUUUCAAGUUCAACAUUUUGAUACUCAUCCUGGUCGUUAAAGAGAUGACCACAUUAGCGCAGCCAAUGGUGGAAGACAAGCGCUUCCGGCAGAUACGGUGGGAUUUGAAAUCAGCAUUUUACAAAUUAAUACUUAUAAAUAAAAAUAAUGGAAAGCAGGGUAAAGCAAUGUGAAGGAAUCGUUGAGUCAACUUUUUCUGAGGUAUGGAUUUUCCCAAAUCCACCCUAGUUAAUCUCAAUUAAACAAUGAGACAUUAAGUGAAGAAAAAACCCUUCUAUAAACUAAUCCACAAAACUUAUAUGGCUGUCGUUCUUUAGUCUUGGCAUUAAAACAUGCGCGGUGAUGGUGCCACUGCUGGGUGUCACGUGGUUAUUUGGUCUUUUGUUACCCUUACACAAAGCUUUCGCUUACAUUUUCACCAUCUUAAACUCCACUCAGGUAAGCUUUUAACAGAAAUUGUUAAAUUUGAAUCAAAGGUUUGCAUACUUAGGCGCUCAAACUACACCUCAGGUAAAAACAGACACUAACUUUAUUCAGAUGAUAUUUCCCAUUCAACAUUAUUCUAAUCGAUAUGAUAAGUUAUUUCUCGAUUCAUGAGAUCUGUAACGUACUUUGAAUCAAUAUUUUACCCCUACGUUACGGCGGUUUCAAAGAUGAACAAAUGAUAAGAGCAUCAUACACCUUGAACUCUAUGCAAACUUUGUCAUCAAAGACUAGCCCUACCCUACGACUUGUUCAAAACAUUAUUAUACCGACAAUUAUAAUGAAAAAAAAUUGAUCUUGAAAGAAUCAUCUGUUUUCAGGGUUUCCUGAUUUUCGUCCUUCACUGUGUGCGAAACAGCCAGGUGAGAUGGAUAUCAGACUGAGAAUGUACAUAAUGAAAGCGAAUUGUGAAGUUUUUAAACACAAGUUAAACAUUUGAUUGCUUAACAACAGACAUUUGGUUACCUGUUCAUCUACAGAUUAGAGAGCGAUUGAAGAGGAGGAUGAACACCAUUUUUCCACAUGCAGACGAUGGAAACUUUACAAAGAAGGGCUCACAUGUUAAUGUAGGUGGUGCCGGAAAUGUGUGGACAGUUGAAUUGCAGUCUUUUAAUAACUGAAGAAUAGCACUUAACUUGAGUAAUUCAACCGACUUUUAGCUGUAGUCAAUCACAUAGUGUGAUCGUCAAGGCGAAGGUAUAUCUUCAAUUGAGCUUGUUUAGGAACGAAAUGUCAGCAAAGUCAGGCCUUCUGCGCCAUUAGUUAGUCAGUAUAACAAUGUUUUAAACAAGUCGUGGUGUAGUGCUAGUAUUUGUUGAAAAAAGUUUGCAUAAAGGAGGGCAGUGAAUGGUACCCUAGCAAAUUGUAAGUCUCGCGAAGUAUUAUCCGAUCACGAAAUCUCGGCUCAAAGUCUAGCAUUUUUUCAAUAGGCCAUAUUCUCUUCUAAAAGAUAGUUAGAAUUACUUGAAGCCAACACUGUGGGCGACGAAAAACCGCCCAGGGGCCCAUGUGUGAAUAGUGUUGAUGCGACUUCAAUGAUUAAAAUUAAUACCCCAUCCACACCAGCAAAACAUGUUUUAGCUACACCAGGUUUAACUGAACAAAAAUAC